AUGGGCGCAAGGAUGCAAUCUUGGUUUGACAUCCUAGGGCUCAGACCAGACGCCCCGGAGGACGAAAAAGGACUGCUCGAAAGUGUCAAGACGAUCCAAUCGUUAGUCGAGAAGCAAGUCCAAGCGGGUAUUCCCUCUGAGCGGAUCGUCGUUGGAGGUUUCUCGCAAGGUGCGGCGAUCUCUAUCCUGACCGGGCUCAUGAGUCCUUCCCCAUUAGCCGGGGUGGUUUGCCUAUCGGGAUUCUUGACCCUGAAAGACAAGAUCAAACAACUCCAAACCCCUCACGCUUCCAAACUGAACGUCUUUUGGGGACAUGGGACGCAUGAUCCGGUUGUCCAAUACCAAUGGGGAGCCAAGUCGGUUGAUUUUCUGAAGGAAGACUUGGGACUCACAAAUGUUGACUUUAGGUCCUAUCCAGAUUUGGUCCAUAGUGCUUCGCCACUCGAAUUGAGACAUCUUUCAGAAUGGUUGAUGGCUCGUCUCCCCAACCAAUAA